AGUGGAUCCUAGAGAGUCAGUCAAUAGGUCAGUGUGUCCGGGUAGGUAUAAGUGGUGAGGAGUAGGACUCUUGUCGUGCACCUAACACCACGAUGGAUGACUAUCCGAUGUAUGGACUGCUUGUGGGGUUCUCCCUCUGGGGGACCCUCUGGCGUCUCCUCUUUCCUCUGGGGUUCAGGCACACGAUGACGUGCAGAGUAGAUACCCGGGGUGGUACCUCCACCACGCCAUACACGAAGGAGGAGGAGGAGAAGAUGGCCGCCAUCUUGCAGGAGAGGAAGGAGAAGAAGGAGGCCAAGAGGAAGGCCUUGAAGGAGGAGCAGGCGGCCAAAUUGAAGAAGAUAGAAGAAGAGAUAGCCAAGGAGAAAGAGAGGCUGAAAAAGGAAAAAGAAGAGAAGUUGAAGGAGGUGGAUGAAGAAAAGGAAGGACCGCCACUGCAAAGGAAGAGUGGGCAAAACAGUGGCAGCAGCGGUGAUGAGAUGGAGAAGAAGAUUUCGGAGUGGGUCGCCAACUUAUCCCUGAGCGAGGAAGAAGAGGUGGCGAUGUACAUCCCAAAGGAUGACCAAGAGGCGGCCAUGAAGGCUUGGGAUGCAGAGAAAGACCCUCUUAGGCGAUAAGCACUGGAGGAUCAACAGAGGAUGGAAAGGAAACUUGCCAUGAUGAGGGAGAAUAAGAGAAGGGUGGAUGCGGCGACUGAAGCGGUCAAAGA